CGAUUCCCCCCCUCCUGCUCCUUUAAAGCACCGGGCGCACUCUGGAGAAGGAGGAGAAGAAGAGAGGGAGCGUCGAGACGGGGAAUCGAGGAAAAAACUCAACCAUGACCGACAUCAAGUUGGCUCUGCUGGGAAGUCCAGGCGCUGGAAAGUCAGCUGUCCUCGUGCGCUUCCUGACCAGACGCUUCAUCGGAGAAUAUGCCUCCAACUCCAACUCGCUGUAUCGCAAGAGGCUGUCCAUCGAUGGCAGGCAGCUCAACCUGGAGGUGUUGGACCCGUGCUCACAGAGCUCAGGGGUGACUUGUCUGGUGGAGGAGCCGGUGGACUGGGCACACGGCUUUGUGGUGGUCUACAACAUCAGCGAUCGCUCCUCCUUCCUCCACGCCAAGGACGUCCUGCGGCAGAUCUGUGAGGCCCGACUCAACCACUGCAAAGGGGAGCCGCCCAGCGUCCCUGUGUGCCUGCUGGGCAACAAGCAGGACCUGUGUCACGCCCGGCAGGUGCGCGAAGACGAGGGCCGCCGCCUGGCCCAGGACAGCGGCUGCCGCUUCCAGGAGGUGUCGGCGGCCGAGAGCUACCAGGACAUCGCCGGCCUGUUCACGCAGCUCAUCCGCCAGGUGAUGGAGCACCUGAAGUACCGCGCCGACCGCCGCCGCUACAGCGGCUCCAAGUCCAUGGCCAAGCUCAUCAACAACGUGUUUGGCAAGAGGAGGAUGUCGGUGUGACCGCCAAUAAACUCUAUUUUGGGCACUUUUAUAAAAAGGGGAGCUUUACAUUUAAAGGAAUAUAUUUUCAAUAUAGCAUGGACUAUUUAUUUUUCAAGCAUAUUCUAUGUAUUUUUGGUCAGAAUCAAGCAUUUUGUACGUAUAAAAAUGGUUGAAUGAACUAAAAAUGGCGACCAAGCCAAUGAGAACGGGCGGUUUAGUAUCGUGGCCACUGAUUGGUCAGCCGCGGGCAGCAUUACUAUAUUAGAUUAAAGGAGUGUAAAUAAAGUAAAGUAAAGUACCACUGAUAGUCACACACACACUAGGUGUGGUGAAAUUACUCUCUGCAUUUGACCCAUCCCCUUGUUCCACCCCCUGGAAGGUGAGGGGAGCAGUGAGCAGCAGCGGUGGCCGCGAUCGGGAAUCAUUUUUGGUGCUUUAACCCCCAAUUCCAACCCUUGAUGCUGAGUGCCAAGCAGGGAGGUAAUGUGACUAUAUGGAUGUUGUUUCAUGUUAAGAGGGCUCUCAUAAUGUUAAGAACUGUCAUUCAAAGGUUAUAACAAUGUUUUUUUUCUUGUUGAUAGCUAUGAAAAUAAAAUGUAUUAAUACUUCAUACUUUGUGGAAAUUAAUUAACCAUUUAUUUUGGCCUAGCAGUUAAGCUAAAAUUCCCAUUAAGCAGCAGGGGGAGAUAGCUACUAUAAAAGUCUAAAAGUGCCAACAUGAUCAUCUUUUGAAUGUAAACAACAACAACAACAACUAGAGAUGUCCGAUAAUGUCUUUUUUGCCGAUAUCCGAUAUCUCGAUAUUGUCCAACUCUUAAUUACUGAUUCCGAUAUCAACCGACACCGAUAUAUACAGUCGUGGAAUUAACACAUUAUUAUGCCUAAUUUUGUUGUGAUGCCCCGCUGGAUGCAUUAAACAAUGUAACAAGGUUUUCCAAAAUAAAUCAACUCAAGUUAUGUAAAAAAAAUGCCAACAUGGCACUGCCAUAUUUAUUAUUGAAGUCACAAAGUGCAUUUUUUUUUUUUAACAUGCCUCAAAACAGCAGCUUGGAAUUUGGGACAUGCUCUCCCUGAGAGAGCAUGAGGAGUUUGAGGU